AUGGCAGUAGUAGAGGACUUUGACCCUUAUUCUCCCUUGCUUAAAGCUCAAACUGUGUCACUGCCAUCAGUGUCACCCACCCAGUGCCACAUCCCUAUUUCUAUUACCCAUUUUGGUGUGUUAUCCUGGGAGAUGUCCGGGCCACAGCGGCAUUCCUCCUUCCCAAAAAGUACCGUCCUUCUCGUCGCGGUCGUGUUCAUUGGGGUCAGCUUCUACAGAGCCCUGAUCACGCAACUGAACAUGCAGGUGUCGCCCCAGUUCCGAAACCCGCUUCCGAUUCUUCAGGAGAAGCCGACGGAGGCGCUGAAGAAUCCGUCGCGGGCCGUCGGAAAGGAGGAAGUCACCCUCGAGGACCAGUUGAAGUUGAAGCCGAAGGUGGUUCUGUUCUGGACGUCUUGGUUCAACUCUCACUGGGCGGCCAAGAAAGGUGUCCUCGCCAGGUGCAGGGACACUUGUGGAUACUCGAACAGCUUGUUCUGUGCAGGUUUUUGCCACCUCUGUAUUGCAAGCUUCAACCAGGGCAUGUUCCCGAAGACUCGCAAGCCCUGGCAGCGGUGGGUAUGGGCAGGGGUGGAGGCGCCCUUGACAGGAAGUACCCUUGCCAGACUCGCCGCCUCCAACAUGAGUCAUCACAUCAACUGGACUAUGACUUACCACGAGAGGGCGGACGUCGUGGCCUUCUACGGAUACUUCCGCUCGUUGAAUGCUAGUCUCCAGCCCGUCCGCCCUAACCUGAUCGAGAACCACGUCGACGCCCUCGCCAGGUACCGGGAGGCGCUGGCCAGGAACACCACGCUGGCAAAGGUGAUGGGGCCCUCCUGGAGGAGCUUCGUCAGGAGGCCCAAAGUCGUCGCCUGGAUGUCUAGCCACUGCCCCACCAUUUCGAGGAGGGAGGAGUAUGUGCGGGAGUUGGCCAAGCAUAUCCCUGUCGACAUGUACGGGACUUGCGGUUCCCAGGCAUGCAAGAGCAGGCACCCGCUGCAACCUGACUGCUGGGUGGAAGUCCUGAAAGACUACCAUUUCUACAUGGCUAUGGAAAACAACCUGUGCGACCAGUACAUCACGGAGAAACUUUACAAUCCCAUGAAAUACAACCUUGUUCCGGUGGUUUAUGGAGGCUCUAAUUAUAGCCGGUUUUUGCCCCCGAAUUCCUACAUUGAUGCGCGCCAAUAUCACCCGAAAGAGUUGGCUGCCUUGCUCUUGAAACUCACCCAAGACCCCGUCGCUUAUGGCAAGUAC